AUUCACUAAUCACCAGAAACUUUUCCUCACAGACACGCACGCUGCUUGAUUCAAAAGUAGUACAUACAAGAUUCUUCGCUCAUAGGGUUUAUACUCCAACAUCAUCUGUCUUUGAAAUAACCACAGAUAAUUCAGGUUUUUCCAUGGCGACCGAACCCAAAGCAGUCACUGAGGACGUCAAGAUCGAUCUCUUCGAAGACGAUGAUGAGUUUGAAGAGUUUGAAAUCAAUGAAGAGUGGGAUGACAAAGAGGAAGGAAAAGAAGUGACUCAGCAGUGGGAGGAUGAUUGGGAUGAUGAUGAUGUUAGUGAUGAUUUCUCUCUCCAGUUGAAAAGGGAGUUGGAGAGCAACACUAAUAAGAAUUAAAUCACCUGCUAGUUAUUAUUGCUUGAUAUAACAUGUUAUAUGACUUGGGUGUUUAAGCUCUAGGAAGGAAAUGAAAAUUAUGCCUUGUUAGGAAGGAAAUGUAAGACUGUAAGAACAGAAUAGGGACAGUAUUUCUGUUCUUGAAUAUCUGCAUAGAAGUUAAUGAGUGCUUGUACUUAAAUUGAAUUAUGUACAAGGCUUUAAGAUUUGAUUUACAAUCUCAAAUUAUUUGCAUUAUUUUCAUUUUGGGGUUGGGUGGGUGUGCUUUUCUAUGAACAAUUCUGGCAUAAAGUGCAGUUGAGUUCACA